GCCGCCGAGGAAGGAAAGCAGAGCAAGCAGAAGCCCGUUUUCGGCUCCUCUUCCUCCUCCUCUUCCUCUUCCUCCUCCUCCAGCAUCCCCAGCCCUGGGCCCCGAUUCCCUCCUCCUCCUCUUCCUCCUUCUGCGGAGCUUCACAAGCCUUGACAAUGUCUUCUGUCAAACGCCUUGUAUAUGCUGUCAUCCAUUUCUUGCGAGAACAGAGUCAGAUGGAUACCUUUACUUCAGAUGAGCAAGAAAGCUUGGAAGUGGCUAUUCAGUGUUUGGAGACAGUCUUUAAAAUUAAUCUGGAAGAUUCCCAUCUCGCAGUACCAAAAUGCUUGACAGAAAUAUUUGAAGAUUCAUGUCUUAAGAGUGAGAUACUGCCUCUCUCAGAUUCUUUGCCAGAGGAUCUUGAGAAAGCUGACCAGCUGAAGGAUGAAGGUAACAAUCACAUGAAGGAAGAGAAUUAUGGUGCUGCUGUGGAUUGUUACAGUCAGGCUAUAGAACUGGAUCCAAAAAACGCAGUCUAUUAUUGUAACAGAGCUGCUGCUCAAAGUAAGCUGAAUAACCACAGUGAAGCAAUAAGAGACUGUGAAAGAGCAAUAGUAAUAGAUCCAAAAUACAGUAAAGCUUAUGGGAGAAUGGGAUUGGCUCUGACUUCAAUGAAUAAAUAUCAAGAAGCAAUUAACAGUUACCGGAAAGCACUGGAUCUUGAUCCAGAAAAUGAUUCCUAUAAAUCAAAUCUGAAAAUAGCUGAGCAGAAAUUGAGAGACAUGUCCAGUCCUACUGGAACCGGACUGAGUUUUGAUAUGGCUAGCUUGAUAAACAAUCCUGCCUUCAUUAGCAUGGCAGCAAGUUUAAUGCAAAAUCCUCAAGUUCAACAACUGAUGUCAGGAAUGAUGACAAAUGCUAUUGGGGGCCCAGCUGCAGGUGUUGGGGGACUCACUGAUCUGUCAAGCCUCAUACAUGCGGGACAGCAGUUUGCACAGCAGAUCCAGCAGCAAAACCCAGAGCUCAUUGAGCAACUAAGGAACCAUGUUCGGAGCAGAUCUUUCAGCGGCAGCACCGAAGAGCAUUCCUGAUUCGAGAGGCAUGCACCAGAGCGCUCUUCUGCAAAUUUUAAAAGGCAUCCUGUAGCUAGUAGCAAAUAUCACCAUUGUAAUUCUUCGCAGACAUGAGGCGGAAAAUCCUUUGUGCGUAUUCCUUCUUGUCUGGUAAAAACAGAUUCAUUGCACACAGAUCUGAACAUAUCAUGUAUGUAUAUUGAUGCCUUUGUAAAUGGACUAUAACUAGAACUGUCGACAUUAAAAUCUCUAUGUUAAAAGGGACCAUUUUCAUAUCAAUGAGCAACAGUGCGAUUUUUCAUUUCUCUUUGAGAGAAUGGGGUUUUAGCACCAACACACUGCACUGGUAAAGAGGAUCCAGUAUGGUGGCAGUGGAAUGGUGAAAUCGCACUUUAUCGACCAUGCAGUCCUAUGUAAUAAUUGUAUUCAACAUAUAUUCUAUAAGGCAGUCUUUCUCAAGCUGGAGAGUGGGCUCCCCAUACAUGACUGUGGGAGCUGCAAACUAUUUUGCAUGUCAAAUUGGCAAUAAACCCAUAAAACUAAAGACCCAAAGUUCAGAUUUUUACUUCAUUGGAAUUGUUGAAAGGAAUAGAAUAAUGGAUGUAAUUAGUGGAAUUGUUUCCGCCUGAGGUCACGUGGCAGAAGACAGAAAAGAUGUGUUUGAGAGAGCAGGUGUGGGAGGAAGAAGUUAGUGGGCCUGGUCAUAGGAGCAGGAACCUGAAAUGAGGCAAGAUUGAUGGGUAUAUGAGCUAGGCAGGCACUGCCAGGUUGGUUUGUUGGUUGAUAAGCAUGGGCUACCUAUUAUGUUUUUAAAGAGGAUGCUAUUUCAACCUUCAGACAUUGCUCAUAUAAGUGCUCAUUGGCCCAACUGGCAAGAAGGAUGCAUAACCUCCUUUUCUACAGUUAUUUUGUAAACUGGAUUUGCACAGCAAUGUGUCUGUAUUGUGAUGAAUGUAUUGAAAAGGAAUGUGGAAAGGAAAUUACGAAAGCCAUAAUAUGAGACUUGUUGAAUGAAUAAUGGAACCUCAAAUUGCUGUGGACGAGUAGUGGGCAGGGUGACUUUAGAAGGGCUAGCCAGAAGAGUUGUACAGAAAUGUUCCAAGAGAAAACUCUGUAGACAUUACAGAAUGAGAUUGGGACAGGAACAGCUCGUAUGAUAUUUACUAUGGAAUGGCACCAUGUUUUAUAUUAAGGCAGGAGUUUUAUACUCAUGGAAUUAUAUGAAUAGUUAUCUGCCUGCUUAUAUUAUACAUGACAGUUACAUAUUAGAAACUGUCUUAGGAAUAUCUGAGACAGCUGGAAUUUGAUACAUGUUUAUGAUGCUGCUGAAGAAAUUUGUAGUAAUACAUGUGUCUUGGAUGAUCUAAUGCCAGUAUUUUGUUAGUGUUUUUGAGCAAUGGGUCCUUUCCCCAUUAUUGCCUUUUUUGCACCUUGUUUUUUUUGUUUUUUUUUUUGUUUUUUUUACGUAUUCUGAAUAGAUUUGCUCAUAUAUUUCUGCAGAAAGCAUGAGGUUGUCUGGAAAGUCUUUUAAUUGUAUAUUGAGAUGCUGCUUCAUGGAUGGAUAUUGUAGAAUGUCAAAGAGGUGAAUCAACCAAACGCUGCAGUGCUGUUAAAUUUAAGUCUUUCCAUCAACUACUCGCUUAAAAAAGCUACAAUUUAAUAGGUCUUUACUCUGAAUAUAUUUGUCACCACUUAUGUGUCCUUUUUGAAAUGUUCUCCUCCUGUCUCCAGUAACUUCUCAUGAAAUUAAGUAGCAUUGGGGCAUAUGUGACCUAGGAUAUAUAAAGCAUGAAAUGCAGAAGCAAGAGCUGCUAAAGAAAUGGAAUAAGAAUUAUGCUCCGAAUACAACAUUUGCAGUUCAGAGGUCAACACUCUGACUAUUUAGAUCAUUAACAGAAUCUGGAUAAUUGACUUUUUAAUCCAUUACAGAUGACAGCAAAUUUACACUAGUGUCCUGCAGUGAGCUGGCUCUUUUAACCACUUCAGGGUUAAUUGCAGCUGCAUGGAUACUAGAAACAGAUCACUGCUGUCUCCUUCAUGGCUCCUGCCUGUAAUCAUAGUACUGAGUAUCUAUUCAGUAGUCCUGCCUAAACAUCCAGGUAAGAUGUCUUUUAAACUUUAAACACUGGGCAGUGCUAUAACAAAGCACUAACACUUGACUCUGCAAGGUCAGGCUGAAUGUUUUCCCAACCAAAUGUACAUUUCAGAAAGUGACACUUUAAGUAGAACUAUUCAUUCUCCAUUCUAAUUCAUUCUCAGUAUUUCAUAGACAAUAAAUGGAUCAGUCUUGUGAUGUUUGGAAUAAGUUUAAUAAAAGGUAUUUUAAAAAAUACAA